CUUAUACCUUUGCAUCAGCAGCCUGGUCAAGUAAAUUAUUGUUGGUUCCCGGAGAGCCCGUACGUGAAGACUACUCGAGACCACGACCGUUCAAUCAUUCGUGACCUCGCAUAGAAUGCCGUCUAGUGCAACACAUAAAGCCAACAAGGCGACUUCGACACAGCUGGACGCCUGCAUUUUGACAUCUAGAGAGUUGAAUGGCGCCAGACUGCAAUUCGCUGUCAAGACCUCUUCAGAGCUGUCUGACAUUGAACGAGAGCGAAUAUGGAACAUUUUCGAAUCCAAUAUGCACCUGUUUUAUACGACCUCUUCAUUUGGCUGGGAUCCUCGUUCAAAGAAAGAAGAGAUGUUUCACUCACACGCUCGGCUCGUCCUAUGUGAGCGAUGCGAUGAUACAUCCUCAGGUAGUGAAUCAAUUCUAUCAGAAUCUCGGAUAGUUGCAUAUACUAUCUUCCGCUUCGAACGUGAAGCCAAACAAGACGUGGUGUAUUGUUAUGAGCUCCAAGUGACCGAAGAAUCUCGAGGACUGGGGGUGGGAAAACUCUUGAUGGGUUCUCUGUUCGACAUUGGCUCACGAUGGAGGAUGAAGAAUGUUAUGUUGACCGUCUUUAAAGCCAAUAGUGCUGCGUCUGCUUUCUACAAAUCUUUGGGCUUUAAUCUCGACCCUAGUUCGCCUGGAUACGCGGAGGAUGACUGGCAAGAUGAGGAAUUAGACUGCGACUACGUCAUUUUGUCUAAAUCUAUACCGUGAUUAUUGAUAAUAUCACUCUUAAUUACAGGUACUACUAAUAUACUAAAUGUAAGGACGGAACAUGAAUCUGCCGAAGCAA